UGUAUGUGUGUGAGAGCGAGCGAGAGCGGCUCCAUCAGCGAGGCUAGUGCCGGAGAGGCUCGGCCGCCGCCAUUACUAAGCCGUGAACACCCGGGAGGGAUGGGGCCAGGCCGGGAGUUCUGAGGGGACUGCGGGCCGGAGGGGAACGGCCGCCGGCGCGGAGCGAGAGUCCCGGGAAUGCUGCUGCUCUUGCCGUGGAAGAGCCGGAGAUCGAGAUCUCUCAGGGAGGAACCGUUUGAACAUCCCUUAAAUGUGUGACAUUGCUGCCAAGAAGAUCUUAGAAAAUAUUGCAGUCUCCUUGCAUGAUUUUCUGUAAGGAAAUAUGGACCACUUCAUCCUGAACAUCUAAGUUUAUUGCAAGCAUGAGGAUCCAAGAAGAAUUGAAAUCAAUUUUUCAAACUUGGAGAUAAAGUUUUAGUGAGUAGAGGCACUUUUAAGAAUGAACACUGCAACCAGUUGUGUUGGUGAAUACAGAAGGAUGAGAAGAACACUAUGAUGGCAAAGAACAAAGAGGCUCGUCCCCCAUCCUAUGCUAUUAGCGUGGUUGGCCUUUCUGGGACUGAAAAAGACAAGGGGAACUGUGGAGUUGGGAAGUCGUGUUUGUGCAAUAGAUUUGUACGUUCAAAAGCAGAUGAAUAUUACCCGGAACAUACCUCUGUGCUUAGCACAAUUGACUUUGGUGGACGAGUUGUUAAUAAUGAUCAUUUUUUGUACUGGGGUGACGUAAUACAAUGUGGAGAGGAUGGAAUAGAUUGCAAGAUUCAUGUUAUUGAACAGACUGAGUUCAUUGAUGACCAGACUUUUCUGCCUCAUCGGAGUACGAAUUUACAACCUUAUAUAAAACGUGCAGCUGCAACCAAAUUGCAGUCAGCAGAGAAACUUAUGUAUAUUUGCACAGAUCAGCUUGGAUUAGAGCAAGACUUUGAGCAAAAGCAAAUGCCUGAAGGGAAGCUAAACAUUGAUGGAUUCCUGUUAUGCAUUGAUGUUAGUCAAGGAUGCAAUAGAAAGUUUGAUGACCAACUUAAAUUUGUAAAUAACCUCUAUGUUCAGCUAUCAAAAUCUAAAAAGCCUAUAAUAAUAGCAGCAACUAAAUGUGAUGAAUGUGUGGAACAUUAUUUACGGGAGGUUCAGGCAUUUGCUUCAAAUAAGAAGAACCUUUCGGUUGUAGAAACAUCAGCAAGGUUCAAUGUCAAUGUAGAGACAUGUUUUACUGCACUGGUACAAAUGAUGGAUAAAACCCGUGGUAAGCCUAAAAUAAUUCCCUAUCUGGAUGCCUAUAAAACACAGAGACAACUUGUUGUGACUUCAACUGAUAAAUUUGAGAAACUUGUGCAGACUGUGAGAGACUAUCAUGCCACAUGGAAAACUGUUAGUAAUAAACUGAAAAAUCACCCAGACUAUGAAGAAUACAUCAAUUUAGAGGGAACAAAAAAGGCCAAAAAUACAUUUUCAAAACACAUAGAACAGCUUAAACAAGAGCAUAUAAGAAAAAGAAGAGAUGAAUAUAUUAAUACAUUACCAAGAGCUUUUAACACACUUCUGUCAAACCUUGAAGAGAUUGAGCAUUUGAGUUGGUCUGAAGCUUUGAAGUUAAUGGAGAAAAGACAAGAUUUCCAGCUAUGUUUUGUGGUGCUGGAAAAAACACCCUGGGAUGAAACUGACCAUAUAGAUAAAGUAAAUGACAGAAGGAUUCCAUUUGACCUUUUAAGCACACUAGAAGCUGAAAAAGUCUAUCAAAAUCAUGUGCAGCAUCUGAUAUCAGAAAAAAGGAGAGUUGAAAUGAAGGAGAAGUUCAAAAAAACACUUGAAAAAAUACAGUUCAUUUCUCCUGGGCAGCCCUGGGAAGAGGUUAUGUGUUUUGUAAUGGAAGAUGAAGCUUUUAAAUAUAUUACAGAGGUGGAUAGUAGAGAAGUAUAUAGUAGGCAUCAACGUGAAAUAGUUGAAAAAGCCAAAGAGGAAUUUCAGGAAAUGCUGUUUGAACAUUCAGAACUGUUUUAUGACCUGGAUUUGAAUGCAACACCAAGUUCUGAUAAAAUGAGUGAAAUUCAUGCAGUUCUGAGUGAAGAGCCUAGAUACAAAGCUUUACAGAAACUUGCACCUGAUAGAGAGUCUCUUCUGCUUAAACAUAUAGGAUUUGUGUAUCAUCCCACUAAAGAAACAUGUCUUAGUGGCCAAAACUGUACGGACAUUAAAGUAGAACAGCUACUUGCUGGUAGUCUCUUGCAAUUGGAUCAUGGUCGUUUAAACUUGUAUCAUGAUAGUGCCAACAUCGAUAAAGUUAAUAUUUUCAUUUUGGGUAAAGAUGGUCUUGCGCAAGAACUGGCAAAUGAGAUUCGGACACAGUCCACAGAUGAUGAAUAUGCCUUAGAUGGAAAAAUAUAUGAGCUUGAUCUUAGGCCAGUUGAUGCAAAGUCACCUUAUCUUCUAAGUCAGUUAUGGACUUCUGCCUUCAAACCACAUGGAUGUUUUUGUGUGUUUAAUUCAAUUGAAUCUCUUAAUUUUAUUGGAGAAUCUAUUGGAAAAAUCAGGACUGAAGCAUCUCAGAUAAGAAGAGACAAGUACAUGGCCAGUCUUCCAUUUACAUUAAUACUAGCUAAUCAGAGAGAGAGUGUUAGCAAGAAUUUGCCAAUUCUGAGACACCAAGGACAGCAAUUAGCAAACAAGUUGCAAUGUCCUUUUAUAGAUGUGCCUGCUGGUACUUACCCACGUAAAUUUAAUGAGGCUCAAAUAAAGCAAGCUUUGCGGGGAGUUCUGGAAGCAGUUAAACACAAUUUUGACGUUGUAAGCCCUGUUCCUACAAUUAAAGAUCUUUCAGAAGCUGAUUUGAGGAUUGUUAUGUGUGCCAUGUGUGGAGAUCCCUUCAGUGUAGAUCUCAUUCUUUCACCCUUCCUUGAUUCUCAUUCCUGUAGUGCUGCUCAGGCUGGCCAGAAUAACUCUCUAAUGCUUGAUAAAAUUAUUGGUGAAAAACGGAGGCGAAUACAGAUAACAAUAUUAUCAUAUCACUCUUCAAUUGGUGUAAGAAAAGAUGAACUAGUUCAUGGGUAUAUACUCGUUUACUCUGCUAAACGGAAAGCAUCUAUGGGAAUGCUUCGAGCAUUUCUUUCAGAAGUACAAGAUACUAUUCCUGUCCAGUUGGUGGCUGUUACUGACAGUCAGGCAGACUUUUUUGAGAAUGAGGCGAUCAAAGAAUUAAUGACUGAAGGUGAACAUAUAGCGACUGAGAUUACUGCUAAAUUUACAGCUCUGUAUUCUUUAUCUCAAUAUCACCGCCAGACUGAGGUUUUCACAUUGUUCUUCAGUGAAGUUUUAGAGAAGAAAAACAUGAUUGAAAAUUCCUAUAUGUCUGAUAAUACAAGAGAGCCAACCCAAGUAAGUGAAGAUGUUUUCUUGCAUUCUCCUAGAGGAAACUCUCUUGCUUAUAGCUAUUAUCCAGAUUCAGAAGAUGAUACUGAAGCUCCACCUCCUUACAGCCCAAUUGGAGAUGAUGUACAGCUGCUUCCUGAUCGCUCAAAAUAUCGAUUAGAUUUGGAAGGUAAUGAAUAUCCUGUUCAUAGCACACCACUGAACUGCCAUGAUCAUGAACGCAACCAUAAAGUGCCUCCUUCUAUAAAGUUGAAUCCAGUUGUACCCAAGACAAAUGUGAAAAAACUAGAUCCAAACCUAUUAAAAACCAUUGAGGCAGGUAUUGGUAAAAACCCAAGAAAACCAUCUAGAAUGGCUCUGGCACCAACUGAUAAUCUCGAUAAAUCUGAUAAUUAUGCAGAACCUAUAGACACUAUUUUUAAACACAGAGGUGUUACUGAUGAUAUCUACGCAAUUCCAGAUGAUAGUCAGAAUCAUAUGAUUAAAAUUCGAAACUCAUUUAUAAAUACUCAGGGAGAUGAAGAAAAUGGAUUUCCUGACAGAAUUUCAAAGACCCAUGGAGAAAGAAGACCUUCAAAAUACAAAUAUAAAUCUAAAACACUGUUUAGCAAAGCCAAAUCUUAUUAUAGAAGAGCACAUUCAGAUGCAAGUGAUGAUGAAGCUUUUACAACCUCUAAAACAAAAAGAAAAGGAAGACAUCGUGGCAGUGAAGAAGAUCCACUUCUGUCGCCUGUAGAAACAUGGAAAGGUGGCAUUGAUAAUCCUGCUAUUACAUCGGAUCAAGAGUUGGAUGAUAAAAAGAUGAAGAAGAAAACUCAGAAAGUCAAAGAAGACAAGAAACAAAAAAAGAAAACCAAGACGUUCAAUCCACCAACUCGUAGAAAUUGGGAAAGUAAUUACUUUGGGAUGCCCCUGCAGGAUCUGGUUACACCUGAAAGACCUAUACCACUUUUUGUUGAGAAGUGUGUGGAGUUUAUUGAAGAUACAGGUCUGUGUACUGAAGGUCUCUAUCGUGUUAGCGGUAAUAAAACAGAUCAAGACAACAUUCAGAAGCAAUUUGAUCAAGAUCAUAGCAUCAGUCUGGAAUCUAUGGAAGUAACUGUAAAUGCUGUGGCAGGAGCUCUUAAAGCUUUCUUUGCAGAUCUGCCAGAUCCUUUAAUUCCUUAUUCACUACAUCCAGAAUUAGUUGAAGCAUCAAAAAUCCUUAAUAAGACAGAGAGACUGUAUGAAUUAAAAGAAAUUGUGAAGAAAUUCCAUCCAGUGAACUAUGAUGUCUUCAGAUAUGUAAUAACUCAUCUGAACAGGGUUAGUCAACAAAGCAGAACCAAUCUUAUGACUGCAGAUAACUUAUCUAUCUGUUUCUGGCCAACUUUGAUGAGACCUGAUUUUGAAAACAGAGAGUUCCUGUCAACCACCAAGAUCCUUCAAUCAGUAAUAGAGACAUUCAUUCAACAGUGCCAGUUUUUCUUCUACGGUGGAGAAAUUUCAGAAACCUCUGAUAAUGUGGCACAUCAGCCUCCACCUUCCAACCCAGUGCAAAUGGUGGAUCCAAUUUUACCACUGCAAUUACCACCACCUUUACAACCACAACUGAUACAACCGCAGUUGCAAGCAGAUCCUCUUGGUAUUAUUUAAAUAUAACAACUGAUAGUAAAGAGAAGAUGAUUGCAGGCAGCUUGGCAUUGGAUAGAAAAGGAAAACUAGACAUGCAUGUUUCAAGAUACAAAAACAACUGUCAUAGUUAUGAAAAGGAUUGGAUCAGUACUGAAGACAUCUUCGCUGUAGUCAUACUAUACACCUUGUGCAUAAAAACUGCAGGUCAACAUUAUGUGAUUAGCAUGACUGGAGAGGUUUAAUUUUUAAAAACAGAAAUAACUAAAGUGCAAAGCUGCUCUUGCAUGAACGUUUAUUGCAAUCACUAUCAUUCCUGUGACAGUUUGUCACAAUAUAUUGUGAAUAAAACUUUUCUAUAGAAAUAUAAUGAUUAAAUAAAUCAUUUAUGGAACAUUCAGUGCUUACGGCCCGCUUUAGGGCUGUUUUUGUUAUUUAAUGCUCUCCCGCCCCCCAUGGCAAUUUCAUUCCCAUUCAACCCUUUGCUGUGUACAGCUACAAUACAGCUGUAUCGUAUUUGUAAAUUCCAAACUACUUAGGCUAUAUUACAAUUAUUUCAGAAAGGAUAUAAACUGCACUGUUAUAAAUAGUACCCUCCACACCUGCCAUUUUUCUUUUAAAAACCUGUGGACAUUCUUUUGAGGGGUUGAUAAAAUUAUUUUUUCUUACAGCACAAUACCAAGGACAUGCUUAUUGUAAAAGUGAGUUUAACCAUUGUGCAAAAAAAAAAAUUGUUGCUAUUACUUUUUCCUUAAUUUCAAUUAACGAAUGAAACAUUUUGUAAUUCUGUUAAUUCUGUAAACAGCUGCAUGUUUGAAAGAUCUUUGAUGGUCUUGUAAGCCUAAUCUAAUAUAUUUUAGAUAUUUUAAUUUUUUCCCCACUGGGGAAUUCAUCUAGUCUAUAGAAAAUAGUUUGACAUUUUCAUAUAAGGCUAUAUAAUUUUUCGUACAUAAAUGAGAACUUUGUUGUAGUAUAAACUUGCUAAACCAAACUAUCUAGGUCUUAAAUUUAACAUAUACAUGAUCUAUUUUUCUGUGGCCCUUUAAAGGUAUAAAAAAGCAUUGCUAAUAUAUAGCAAUAAAUACUUUGGGUACUGAAGCAUCUUAGUAUGUAUAUAAAAUGACACUUGUAUUCAUGUGUUUUUUUCUGUUAUUUGUUGUACUAAAAAUUCAAAAUUACUAUUGCACCAUUUUAAAAUUACUUUUCUUUUACGUUGGUACAAGUUUUGCUGUAAAGGAAUGCUGCUUGAUUUUUACAUUCUUGGUAAAUCUUUUGUUUUGGCUAAAUGUGAUAGAAGGCUAGUAAUCAUGGGGCAAAUUUGAAUGGAGCCUUAAAAUAUUUGGGUUGGACUUGUCCUUGAACUGAAGGGCGCCUUCCAUUCAUGGAAGUCAUUUGAUCCAGUGGAGGGAUCCUACUGGCAGAAGGAGCACCACCUCCACAUUCUGGAGCAGAGUUUUGAAGGCUGCAAGGGGAGGUGGGAAUUGGCAAAAGUAGCCUCCCCACCUUUUGACAGUAGGAACAAAGUUUGGAUCCAGGUCUUUGCGUUUUCCUUACAAAUGUUUCCUUUCAUUUUCAACACACCACCAUGAAAAUAAAAUCCUGGCUUAUUCAGCUGCUGGGCUAUUUUGAGUAGAUGAAAAACUUUACAAUCAGUAUUGUAAUUUUAAUUCAUAGCUUGCUAUCCAUUAUAGCAAGUAGAAACAUUUUUACUGCUAAGGUUCUUUAGGAGUUUGAUUUGCAAAGAUUUUUAAGAAUUAAGGUUCUCAAGAGCUUUGCUCAAUUUCUCCAAAAUAAAAAUUGCCUUUUUCAAUUGUUAUGUCCUAGGUAUUGUACUUCUAAUUAUGACUUGGAUUAUCAUUCUGGUUAAGAUACCGCAACCCAGGCUGCUGUUGAAGUAUUUGUAUAUUAUAAAUUAUCUUGAUAUUUGUGUUAUAUUCUUGCAAGUAAUUAUCUUUUCUAAACAACAACAACAAAACCCUCUAUUCUGAUUCAAAGCACACAGGAUAUAAAUACAAUAAUAAAAAAUUGUCCUGUAAAUGUAGUAGCAUUAACUUGUUUUACAUUACACCUGUUGUCUAAAUAGCUUUUAUUUAUAGCCAUCAGUUUAACAUAGGCAUGUUAAGAAAAAAAAUUAAACUUCAAGAGUUUUAUAAACUGUUUCUAGGUUGCUAAAGAAUUUAUUUUUCUACUAUAGAUGGUAUAGACAAAAGCAUCAAAAUGUACAGAAAAAAGCUGAUUUCUAUUGCAAGUAGGCUUAAUUUUUUCAAUCAUAUCCAGUUUUGUCUAAUACAAUAAGAGUUAACAUUUGUUUUUCCAUUUAGAAUUGUCUUUUUAUAAGCUAAUACAAUUUAGUUGACUUGUGUUAAUAUGCUAUUUUAUUACCCACACAGAUAGGCUUGCAGAACUUAUUUUCAAGUUAUUAUAGACAACUGUUUGUUUGGAAAUUCUGAUUACCCUAUAACUUAAAACGCUGCUCUUACUUGGCCUAAUGCAUGAUCCAUCAUAGUCAUCUUGGGUACCCUUACGCAGCAAAGAAUAGGUAUGUCUGUGUCUGCAUAUCUCAUGGCAGGAGUACAACUUUAGCACUCACUGGCUGCUAUGUAAAUCUGAAUCAUUUCCAUAGAUUGCAAACUUCAUUAACAUAUAAGAAAAUAUUUGCAGUUGUCACCUACUUGUCAUACCUUCUGUAAUCUUUACAUCAAAAUUAAAGUGCUAUGGAUGCUAUCCAGAAGACUCUCAGCAGCAUACAUUUUUGCCUGUUACUUUUACUUCAACAGUUUUUGAUGCAUAAAUAUGUGUGUGCAGCCUUUCCCCCUUCCCUAUUUAAAAACAUUUGGUAAGGGCUGCUAACUGAAAACAGGAGGAAAAUCAGACAAAUUAGGUAACUGGAUGCUAACAGCCUUGCAUAAUCUAUGAAAAUCUUAUUCAUAUCAUAGAUAGUAUAAAAAGCCGAACUACACAGAAUUACUACACAUCUAGCAAAUUUGGCUUGCUCAUUUUGGCUAAUGGAGUAAUCCCUUAUAGCUUGCUUUUUUCUGAAGUUUCAAAGCCAUGUUGAUAUUGUGAAUUCCGUCAGUUUUACAGUAAUGUGAACAGUGCUCAACAGUUGUCAGUUUGACUUCUGCAUCCUUCAUACUGACCUUUGUUAUAUUUUGUGUGUUCCGGAAAUGUACAGCUUUAGGCUGCAGUCCUAAACACAGUUGUGCUUGGAUAAAUCCCAUUGGGAUCAGUGAGAUGGUUUGUAGCCUUAGGCUGCGAUCCUGAGCUCAGUUACUAGGGAGUAUUUCUAAUUAACUGUGCUUAGUAUCAUGCUGUUGUGUGUUUAAUGCGUAUUUGAACAUUUUAUGAGUAUAUUUAGUCCCAUACAUAACACAUUAAGUGGCAUUUUAUAUUAAAUGAUGUUUUACAAAUUAUUUUUACAUUACACUCAAACUUUAAGGAUUUUAAUAUAGUGUAAAUAGUAUACAACUUUAAUGAAGAGCAACAAUUUUUCACAAUAUAUGUUUUCUGCAUUACUUGAAUACUGGUUGCUAGAAACUACCAUUGACUUGUUUAUUUUUGAGGUACUGGAGUUUAGUUUCUAAUCGCUCUUUAAAAUUGUAAAAAAAUGAACUAAUUGGAGAAGUUUUUUUAAAAAAAUUACUCCUUAGCUUCCAUGGUGAUUUCAUUUUUUUUACAGUAACUGUGAUACUAUAUCGGCUGAAUAUAUAUACUUUUAAAGUUCUUUAUAAUUAAUGUAAUCUUGUCACCACCUACAGAAUGCUACAGUGAAUUAAAUAUCGGUGAAGCUUAUCUGUAUGCAGAAUGCAAUGAAUAAAACAUUAAGAUGCCUACUGUGUAUAA